AGAAUCUAAAGAAAGUCAAACCGGCCGCCACCGCGAACACCGGAGCGCAGAGCGCAAAGCCGGGGUAAAACCCUAAGCUAUGGCCGCCGCCGCCGCCGCCGCCGCCGGGGCAGCCCCCCUCGUCACCGCGGCGUUCCUCCUGCUGCCCCUUCGCCUCCUCUCACUCGCUUUCAGCCUCCGCCUCCCCACCUUCCCACCCGUCUCCCCGGCCCGCCGCUCCGCCGCGGCGCUGCUGACCGUCGCGGCGCUCCUCACCGUCACAUGCGCCACACCCGAGGCUGGAUCCAUCUUCGCCCCCGACGGCGAGGCCCUCCGGUCGGAGAUCAGCGAGCUCAGGCUGAAGCUCGCGCGGUUGGAAUCUAUUUUGGAGGAAAACACGAAAACUUUGAGGAGUAAAGCCUACACUUUGGAAGAGGAAAACAAACUCACCGAAGCAAUGGAAAAUGACAUCCAGCUUUUAAGGAAUGAAGAGUCCUACUCUGAAAGCAACAUAUAUAUAAUGGAAGAUGAGGUGCAAACCCUGCAGCAAGAAGUCAGAAAGAUAAACAACAUUGCAUACACCAUAGAAUCACUGGCAAUUGAUGCUGAGAAAAGGGUAGAGUUCCUGAGUUCGGAAGUCAAAAAGAUUGAGAGUAUAAUUACAGAGCAAUGGAUCCAAAUAAGGCAAUUUGAACAAGCAUUUGUUGUAACAAAGAUGAUGACUUCGAAAGUUUAUAAAAGGAGGUUAUCUGAGGGUGCCUACAAAUGGCCUGGAAUGGACAUACUUCUGAAGUAUGUCAGGAAUGUUGAUCUACAUGGCGUGUUUCUUGCGGGGGUAUCGCACACAAGGACCUGUGUUUCUCAUACUUACAAACACUGCAGGAGUUUCAUACAAGUAAUGAAGAGAUGCUACCAUAAGGCUUCCAGGUUCCACAAAGCAAUACAGUACCACUGCUCUCCUGAUGAUGAUGGGCCUAAUGCCUUCUUCUUGGGUGGGUCCAUCUCAAAAUCAUGCAUUUCUCUUCCUUAUGAGAAAUUCAAGAUUUCCAUUUCAUCAGCACAACAACUUCACUACGAGGUUCAAGUGUAUCUUCAAGACGCAAUGAGAUCCAACAGUUAUAGCAGAGGUCUAGCAAGUGAGCCAGUCACAUUCUGCCUGGCGUAUCUGGUCGUCAUAUUUCCGUUGUGGAUCACGUGGUUCAUUUUCUCGACACGAUUUGGCUUGAAGAUGUGAAGUACUGGCUGGAGCAUCACAGUUUUGGCCAUCUACUUUUACCUUGGACGAGUAUAGAGGAGUUGAGAUUAUCAAAGCGUGAAAUAUAGGCUGUAUUUAUCUACAUCUUGUAAUUACGAUGAAACUGUUAAAUCUGAGGCAUUGGUUGAUCGUCA